AGACAGUAAGGGCCCCAGACACCCCUAUAAAGUGGCAGCAGGCUUCUUCGCCCGAGACUCGAGACUCUCCGUCUUGCAACGGCCUCGCCCCGCUACGGCGGGAGGCUUUGGCCGAAGAUGCUGAUGAGGAAGACGCCCGCCUUUGCCCCAGCCUCUGUCUUCGGGUUGCGCCUUUCACACAAGUUCCUUUUCUUGCUCUUCCUCUCGGGCCUCAUCACCCUGUGCUUCGGGGCCCUCUUCCUCCUGCCCAGCUCAUCCCGUUUCAGGAGACUUUUCCUGCCUCUCCGGCCCCGGCGUCUCACUACUGCCCCGGGAGCUGGGGAGCCUGAGUCUAGGGGCCAGGGCCAAGCCGCAGGGCAGGAACCGCCUCCCAACCCAGCUCCAGCCCCUGGGGCACUGGCUGUAGGGCCUGGCCGAGGGGGGCGACACCCUCCAGGAGGCCCUACUACUCCCUGGGAGGAAGCUGGGGCCACCCGGGGCCAGCAGACUCCCGGAGCAGCCACUGGACUUCCCAGAGCCCCCAAGUCUCGCCCCUUGCCUACCCUGGUCUUCGAGGAGUUCAGGAGCCGCCUCCGGCACCCGGUGCUGGGGUCCAGGGGCAACUCAGAUGCCAAGAGCCUGGCUCAGAGGGAGAAAAUCAAAGAGAUGAUGCAGUUUGCCUGGUAUAACUACAAGCAGUUUGCGCUGGGGAAGAAUGAGCUGCGACCAGUGACGAAGAAUGGCUACACCGGUGGCAUGUUCGGAGGCCUUGGUGGGGCCACAAUCAUUGAUGCCUUAGACACUCUCUAUAUUAUGGAGCUGGAGGACGAGUUCCAAGAGGCCAAAAACUGGGUGGAGAAGAGCUUUGACUUGGACGUGAAAGGAGACGCCUCCGUAUUUGAGGUCAACAUUCGAUACAUUGGUGGACUGCUCUCGGCCUACUACCUGACAGGAGAAGAGGUGUUCAGAGAGAAGGUCAUCAGACUCGGAGAGAAGCUCUUGCCAGCCUUCAACACCCCCACUGGAAUUCCCCGGGGGAUGGUGAACUUUGGGAGCAGAACCUGGGGCUGGGCAUCUCUGGGGAGCAGCAUCCUAGCAGAGUUUGGAUCCCUCCACCUGGAGUUCCUGCACCUCACCAAGAUCUCUGGCAACCCAGUCUUCGCUAGAAAGGUGAAGAAUAUCCGAAGGGUCCUCAACAGAACCGAGAAGCCCAAAGGCCUUUACCCCAACUUCCUCAGUCCAGUCAGUGGCAGCUGGGUCCAACCCUGCUGUUCCCUACAAACUCUACCAAUUUCCUUUCAGGCGAUAGAAACCCACUUGCUGCAGAAGUCCCAGGAGGGACUGACCUACAUUGCCGAGUGGAAAGGGGGUGUCCUGGACCAUAAGAUGGGGCACCUGGCAUGUUUCUCUGGUGGUAUGAUUGCCCUGGGGGCUGAGGAUGCAGAGAUGGGAAAGAGGAACCAUUACAUGGAGCUUGCUGCCCAGAUCACAAAGACGUGUCAUGAGUCUUACAUCCGCACAGAGACUAAGCUGGGACCAGAAGUGUUUUGGUUUGAUUUCGGGAGUGAAGCCACGACCUCCAGCCCCAGUGAGAGCUACUACAUCCUGCGGCCAGAAGUUGUGGAGAGUUACAUGUACAUGUGGCGCCUGACCCACGAUCCCAAGUACCGCCAGUGGGGAUGGGAAGUUGUUGAGGCCCUUGAAAAAUACUGCCGGAUAGAAACAGGCUUCUCUGGGAUCCGGAAUGUUUAUACAACAUUUCCUGAGCAUGAUAACAUGCAGCAGAGUUUUUUCCUGGCAGAGACACUUAAGUACCUCUAUUUGCUGUUCUCUGAAGAUGAUCUCCUCUCCUUGGAAGAUUGGGUAUUCAACACAGAGGCCCACCCGCUCCCAGUGGGCCACAUACACAGUCUGGACAGAGCCCACUAGCCCCUGCCUCUGGACAGCCCCCAUCAUGACUGCCAGGAUCUGGGCCCCCCCACCAACAGGAUCUGCUUUUCAAGGAAGAGUCAGGCCCAUGUUCCCAACUCAGACAGACAUCAGGUGGGGCAAAUUCCUUGGAUAGGCACCUUCUUUUCCUCUAUGAGGAACCAUGCCAACCUCGAAACGAGACCUUGGUCAAAGGCCAUUCAGUACACAGAAUAUGGACAUUCCUUUCUACAGAAUUUCUAUGAAACCCACUGACUUUUCAUUCAUUCCAGGGGCCAGAGGGAGGAGAAGCCGACUAUGAGAGAGGAUCCUUCUCCCCUCUCUCCCAUUCUGUCUUGUUUUGCCUUUUUUCUAUGCAGUUGGACUUUAUUCCCAUUUUUAAUCACCGUUUUCAAUAUAAUGUGCUUUCUUAUGUAAUGUCCACAUGAUAAACAGAGUCAGCCACUCUUUGCUCCUGUCUUGGCCCCGUUUUAUAUAUUUUCUGUGCUUUUUACCCAUUUAGAAUUAAUUUCCAUUCACGUCACCUGGCUCUCUGAUCUGCGGAGAGAGAGUGCCUCUGCUCCUCAAGGUGAAACCGAGUGUUGUCAAUCACUGGUCUUCUCUUCCCAGCUGCCCAGCAACCAGAAAAAUGAUCUUGUGAAAUAUGGACCAUGGUUGGGUUGAUCAUCCAGCAUCGAGGCCCAGGGAACCCCAUGCUGUAUUAUUG